AUGAGGCUCCUGAAGCAGGACUACGACCGCGAUGGCGGCGGAUCAAUCGUGUGCGAGUGCGAAGUCGCCGAUGAUGUCUGGACGCUCUACAACCUCAUUCUCCCCGGCGACAAAGUCAAAUGCGCGACGACGCGGAAGCUUCAGAAGGAAAGCGGAAGCGGCAUGGUUUCAACUGAGGUCAAAAAAAUUGUUUUGAACGUUCUCGUGAAGAAAACAGAAUACGAAGCUGACGGUGACCUGCUGCGGAUUUCAGGCCAAGUCGUGGAGGAAAACCCUUAUGUGAAGAUUGGCGUUUUCCACACGCUGGAGCUCUCCCUACACUUGAAGCUCACCCUCUUCAAGGAGUGCUGGGACAGCAUUUUUUUGGAAAAACUUAGAGAGGCCGUCGAUCCCCACAGGAGCGCGGAAGUGCAGGUCGUGCUCAUCGAGAGCGGCCUCUGUCAUAUCUUCUUGCUGACCAACGCGCUCGCGAAGCCCGUCGCACGCAUCGCCGCCGCGCUGCCCAAGCAGCGCGGACCCUUCUCGAACUACGAUAAGGCGAAGAAGAGGUUUUUUAGCGACGUGUUCUCCAGUCUCGUUGUGCACACGAACUUUGAGGCCGUCAAAUGCGUCUUGAUCGCAGGCCCGGGCUUCAUGAAGGACGACUUCCUUCACUUUCUUCACGAGGAAGCCGUCAAGCGCGACUGCAAGCAAUUCGUGAGCAGGAAGCAGAUGUUCGUGACUGCCUCCGCAUCGACUGGUCACAAACAGGCGUUGACGGAGCUGCUCGCCGAUCCGAGCGUCGCGGCGCUUCUAGAGAAUACGAAGGCCGCCCGCCACGCCCAGCGGCUGCAGGAGUUCUACAAACUUUUGAACAAAACGCUCUCAGGCAACGAUACGCGCAAUCUGACCUGCUACGGCCUUGACCAGGUUGCGAAGGCCGUCGAAGUCGGCGCGGUGAAGUCGCUGCUCAUUACCGACGGUCUGUUGAGGUCGAGCGACGCGGCCGAGCGCAGGCGCUACGUUCGCCUCGUGGAGGAAGUCGAGCGGGGCGGCGGAGAAGCGCUGACCUUCUCUGAUCAGCACACGAGCGGCGAACAACUCAACAUGCUCUCUGGCGUGGCAGCGAUCCUUAAGUUCCCGAUCGACGACUACCUCGAGGAGUUGGAGGACGCUGAAGCAGGCGGGGAGUGCGACGCCAAGCGAGAGAGCUAA